AAUUCCCACAAAAGAAAAGAAAAGAAAAGAAAACAUGGCAUUGACAGGCUUUCUUAAAUUCCUCCUCAUCGCACUUGCCAUUAAUUUCUUCACAUCCUCGGCUGCCAGAAACCUUAACCGAAAACCCACCAGUAAUGCUAAUUAUCAAGAAUUCAUCAGAAAAUCCUGUAGCGCAACAACUUAUCCAAGACUUUGCUUGGGCUCACUUUCCUCUCAAGCAAGUUCAAUCCAAACAAGCCCUAAGCUUCUAGCCCACGCAGCUCUCAAUGUGACACUUUCCGCGGCUAAAUCAAGCUCCAUAAGGAUGGCAAGGCUGUCUCAAAGCCAUGGGUUGAGUCCCAGAGAGGUCCAAGCCAUGCAUGACUGUGUUGAAGAACUCAUUGAUGCGGUAGAUGAGCUAGGGAAGUCCAUAGGCGAGAUGGGCCAAAUUGGAGGCUCUAAUUUCGGGCUCACGAUUAAUGAUAUACAAACAUGGGUCAGUGCUGCUUUGACUGACGAGAGCACUUGCGCUGAUGGGUUCGACGGGAAGAACAUGAAUGAGAGUGUGAAGACUGCUGUUAGGGGUCAAAUUGUGAAGAUUUCGCAAUUGACCAGUAACGCCUUGGCUUUGGUCAACAGUUAUGCCUCUCUUCAAGGCUAGAAUACUACGUACUACAUUGCGGUGAUGGUGAAAUUAUAGUCAGUAAAUUUGUGUUAAUGUCAUGGUCAUGUGGAAAUGUACGUAACUUGCUCAUGAGCUAGAGGGUGUCCCUACGUUUGAAAUGGUUAGUCUUGGCUAGGUUGUUUAUUGAUUGUCCGUCUAGAUUAAUAGGUGCUAAAUGCUAAUAGAGGGUUGUUUAUGUAUUAUAUUGUUGGUUCAUGAAAUAUAUCGUUGGUUCGUGAAAGAAUUAAA